AUGUCUUCAGACGAUGCAAUUGAAUCGGCGCAAAAAGCUGUGCUAGACGAAGUUACAAAACAGGACUAUGAGUUAAGACAUGUUGAUCCCCCGGGCACGCCAUUAUCAACAACACAAGCAAAAGUUUUACUCGAAGUGCAAGGUGGCAAACAUGAACUUCAUCAUGUCGAACCACCAGGCACACCGUUGUCCACUACUCAAGCGAAAGUUCUUCUAGAAGUGCAAGGUGGCAAACACGAACUUCACCAUGUCGAACCGCCAGGCACACCGCUGUCGACCACUCAAGCGAAAGUUUUACUCGAAGUGCAAGGUGGCAAACAUGAACUUCACCACGUUGAACCACCAGGCACACCGCUGUCGACUACUCAAGCUAAAGUUCUGCUAGAAGUACAAGGUGGUAAACACGAACUUCACCAUGUCGAUGAACCGCCUAAAGAAGGAUUGAGCGAUGCCGAAAAGCAAGCUUAUUUUAACGAAAAGCAAGCUUAUUUGAACGAAAAACAAGCUUAUUUGAACGAAAAACAAAAGCAGUAA